AUUUUACAGUUCCGCAGUGGAUUUUGUGACGUCACUCAAGCAACAUGCCGGUGGAAAAUUUGGAAGAAGAAGGGUUAGCAAAAAAUCCAAAUUUAGAGUAUUCUCAGUGGAAAUAUUUACUCGGAACAGAUAAACAUAAGAAUGACAGUGAACUCAAGAAGACACUUUUGGAUGCUAUCAAAUCCGAUAGUAUGGCCACAUGGUAUGAGGAAGUGUGUAAGGAUUUGGGAUGGAAAGUUGAUACCAAACUGUUGAAAGACAUGAAAUCGGCAAAUGAAGCUGAACUCAAGAAACUAGAUGCAGAAAUUGAGGAUGCUGAAAAGAACAUGGGAGAAACAGAAAUAAGAGACUCAAUGUUAAAGAAAGCAGAAUUUUUGUGUAAAGUUGGUGACAAGGAGGCAGCACUAAGUCAAUUUCGUAAAACAUACGAGAAAACUGUGUCUUUAGGUUAUAGAUUAGAUCUAGUCUUUCAUCUUAUUCGACUUGGACUUUUUUAUAUGGAUCAUGAUUUGAUCACCAAAAAUCUAGAAAAAGCACAGAGUUUAAUUGAUGAAGGUGGUGAUUGGGAUAGAAGGAACAGAUUAAAAGUCUAUCGUGGUGUAUACAGUAUGUCUAUUAGAGAAUUUAAAACAGCUGCUAAUCUAUUUCUGGACACAGUUGCAACAUUCACAUCAUAUGAAUUGAUGGAUUAUCAAAAAUUUGUCACAUAUACAGUGCUUUGUAGUGUUAUUGCCUUGGAACGACCAGUCUUAAGGGAAAAGGUAGUGAAAGGUUCUGAAAUAUUAGAAGUAUUACACAGUCUACCUAAAAUACGACAAUAUCUCUUCUCUAUAUAUGAUUGUAGAUACGAAGAAUUCUUCAGGUCAUUGUCUGAAGUAGAAGAUUUAAUGAAAGCAGAUAGAUUGAUUGUACCACAUUAUAGAUAUUAUGUACGAGAAAUGAGAAUUCUAGCCUAUGCCCAGCUGUUGGAAUCAUAUCGUAGUUUAACAUUAGAAUAUAUGGCAGGUGCUUUUGGUGUAACAGUAGAAUUUAUAGAUCAAGAAUUAGCACGCUUUAUAGCUGCAGGACGAUUACAUUGUAAAGUAGAUAAAGUUGGUGGUAUCGUAGAAACUAACCGACCUGACAGUAAAAACUGGCAAUAUCAGUCUACCAUCAAACAAGGAGAUAUUUUAUUGAAUCGUGUACAGAAACUAAGCCGUGUUAUCAAUAUUUGAAUAAUAAGACAUUUCUUUACUUACUGUUAUCAUAUAUAUACAUAGAAUUCUCCUCAUUCAUCAUAAAUUAUCUUGGUCCACUACAUUUAUUUGUAAUAAACAUGUUUCAAUUUC